CCCAGCUUAUCCGAAACACACGGCUACUAUGCUGUGCACGCCUGAACCCAUGGAAAACCGAAGAAGAUUACACCAAGGUGGAAAGACUCGAUCGGCCAUGGCAUUGCAGCUCGCCAUCCAAUCGCUCCACGCAAGCCUCUCCCGCUACCCUCUUAACAAACCCACCACCAAGCCGCGGAGCAGUGGCCACCAGCAACCGCAGGAACCAGCCGCCACGACCAGCAGCAGAAGGAGCCUCGCGACGGCGGCGGCGGCGGCGGCUCUCAUCGUAUCCAAUCUGCUGCCGCCCGCGACGGGCGCCGCUGGCGCGCUUGACCUCGACCUUCGGAUCACCAUCCCGGAGCAGUCGAGCGAGGAGGCCGAGGCCAACGUGAGGACCCACGCGAGGAACCUGGUGCGCGUCAAGGAGUACAUCGACGCCCGGUCGUGGCGUGAGCUGCAGGCGGCGCUGCGGGCCAGCGCCUCCAACCUCAAGCAGGACCUGUACGCCAUCAUCCAGGCGAAGCCGGGGAGCCAACGCCCCGAGCUCCGGAGGCUCUACUCCGAACUCUUCAACAGCGUCACCAGACUAGACUAUGCGGCAAGAGACAAGGAUGAGGUUCAAGUAAAGGAAUGCUACGGCAGCAUUGUGGCCGCCAUUGACCAGAUUUUUGCCAGAAUCAUGUAGUUCUUGCACUGGUGCAGCAGGACGAGAAAAACUGCAGUUUCCUGAAACCAUCACUGCUCGCUCAAUGUUCAGCCACCAAUAUACAGGCUUGUUGUGAUGCAAUGCAGAGUGGCUUCUCAGUCACCACUCACCUCUCCAUUGAUCCCAUAUAGAGGAAGAAGGUUCCUCUGGUGACUCUAUUCAUCGCCAUCUGGCGUAUAUGCUGAAGCAGUAUUUAUACUCGCUAAUUCAUCAAACUACCGAUGAAGUUUCAGUA